AUGCCCAUUCGCAUCAACUUACCGCCAUUGACACGGGCGCUUCUCGUGCUUCUGCUCGUUCUGUCCCUGCUCAAUGCCUCGUUCAGCGUGCGCAGUCUCAUUCGCGUUCAGGCGGUGCCGUUCUUGGCCAUCAUCCCUGCGAACUCGCUGAAGUACCCAUGGACGACCCUCACCGCUGCCCUGCUUGAGACCAAUCUUGUCAGUUUCGCCAUUUCGGCCAUCACCAUCUUCUAUGGAGGCCGUUAUCUGGAACGUGCUUGGAGUGGUCAAGAGUUCGCCAAGUUUGUCCUGUUCGUGACCAUGAUUCCCAAUUUGUUGACCUUUGCCAUCUACUGUCUGUGGUACUCUCUGACAGGGAACCAAGUCCGAGCAAACACAAUCAUCAACGGUAACGUUUCCCUCGAAGCCGCCUUCCUCGUUGCCUUCAAGCAGCUGGUGCCCGAGCAUACCGUCUCCUUGUUCCGUGCCACCAUUCGCAUUCGCGUCAAACACUUUCCCGCCGUCUUUGUCUUGUUGAACAGCUUGUCUGGUCCACUACUCGGCACUGACACUGCUUUCUUCCUGUCAUGGCUUGGCUUUUUGACCUCUUGGAUAUAUCUACGUUUCUACAGAGUCGCGCCUUCUCUGGCAACCACUGCUACAGGCGAAGAUGCCGUUAUAAAAGGCGAUGCCAGCGAUACGUUUGCAUUUAGCCACUUCUUCCCCGAUCCAAUCCAGGUUGUUCUGGACCCCCUGACCGACUCCAUCUACAAGACUAUGGUUGCGCUGAAGCUAUGCGCGCCAUUUUCUGAGGAUGCAAUCGAUCAGAGUAACGAACAAGCCUCGGCACGAGCAGAGGGUGGACUACCAAGCAUAAUGACUGGCGGGAGAGGGGGUCGUGCUGGGGGCAGACGAGAAGAAGCAGAACGAAGAAGGGCGCUUGCCUUGAAGGCUCUCGAUCAGAGGUUGAAUGCCGCUGCAGCUGCUCGUGCGCCCGCCGAAGCACCAACAGCACCUACUGUUUCUGCAACCACCAGCGAGGCUGCGGAAACGAACACGACAGAACCUGUGGCUGCUUGA